CUGUGAUGGCUUAACACUGUCCUAUUAGAGUUCAUGCCUGGGUAUUUCAUCUAAUACUACAAACACGAGCCUCCGAGAUCUUUAAACGAACUAGCACCAAUUAAGAUAUUAAGAAGUAUAGCUGAGGACCUGCAGCAUAUUUGCAUAUUUAUCAGGGUUAGAGGUUUCAUUAUGGAUGUCCAUGUGGAACGAAAUGUCCAGACCCUCAGACCAGAGAUGCCAGCUGUCUUUGAUGGCAUGAAGCUGGCUGCAGUAGCCACUGUGCUGUACAUCAUAGUGCGCUGCCUCAACCUAACAAGUCCUUCAGCAGCCCCUAAAAUCACCUGUCGAAAUACACCUCUUAAUCAGUACCUGCUCAAGUCCUGCUCUAUCCUAACAAAAGAGUAUGUUCCACCAUUACUUUGGGGUAAGAGUGGACAUUUUCAAACUGUGCUCUAUGGAAGGAUGGGUCGAUUGUCCUCUCCUCAGCCCUGUGGCAUGCGCUUGUUUCUUCCAAUGCAUGAUGGAGCUACAGCCACGUUUGACCUUUUUGAGCGAAUUGGUGAUCAUGUAACAGGUGAUGACAUAACCAUGGUGAUCUGCCCAGGGAUCGGUAACCACAGUGAGACGCAUUAUAUCCGUACCUUUGUGGAUUACUCCCAGAAGCAGGGCUACAGAUGCGCUGUACUUAACCACCUGGGAGCUUUGCCAAACAUUGAACUCACCUCCCCACGGAUGUUCACCUAUGGCUGUACCUGGGAGUUUUCAGCCAUGGUUAGCUACAUCAAACGUACAUUGCCCCAGACUUGGCUCAUCGUGGUGGGCUUCAGUCUAGGUGGGAACCUUGUGUGUAAGUUUCUGGGAGAAAACCAAGCCAAUCAGGACAGGGUUCUGUGCUGUGUCAGUGUCUGUCAGGGCUACUGUGCUCAGAGGGCCCAUGAAACAUUUCUACAGUGGGGCCAGUGCAGGAGGAUUUAUAACUUCUUCAUGGCUGACAAUAUGAAAAAGAUCAUCCUGUCCCACAAAAAAAGCUUGUUUGGACCACAGUCCUGCAAACUGGACGUUGGAGAUUUAAGAUGUCUCUACAUGGCCACAUCUCUUACGCAGAUUGAUGACCGCAUUAUGAGAAAGUUUCAUGAUCAUAAUUCUUUAAAAGAAUUCUAUGAGAAGGAAAGCUGUGUCCAUUACAUUCACAAUGUUAACGUCCCACUUCUCGUGAUUAAUUCAUCAGAUGACCCGCUUGUCCAUGAGUCUCUUCUGACUAUACCUCACACCCUAGCAGAACAAAAGGAGAAUGUAAUCUUUGUGCUGACGCAGCACGGCGGGCACAUGGGCUUCUUUGAGGGUGCCAUGCUUUUCCCUCAGCCUCUUACCUGGAUGGACAAAGUCAUCAUCAAGUAUGCCAAUGCCAUCUGCCAGAGGAAGAAGGAAAACCCGCAUUACCACCAAGCUUUGGACUGUACAGAGCUCAAAGGCAAAGCUUAGCAAAGGCAAAAUUCCACGGCAAGCAUGCUCCUCUUUUCACUCAUAAGUGUAACUAAAAUGCAUUCAAUGUCUGACUCACUUUUCUAAGUGUAUACUGAACACAAAGUGCAUUUAAAAAAUUAAUUGUAACCUUCUUUUCUUUUAAUAAGAUGGAAACAUUAAUACAAUGACUUGUUGUCUAAAAAUGCACACUCAGUGGUAGGAGGAUCUGUGGCUCUGAGAUUGCUGCUGCUACUCUAUGCAGGCUGGUAAUGAGAAACUGAUUCUUAGAAGAUGGAUCUGAUGAGAUUGAAAUUCAGUUGGGUUUUUUUUUUGCUUUCUGCUUUCCUUUGACGGUGUCACCCUCUGGUGGCUGUGUGGCAGAAUGUAAAGGAUUUCACUUUGAAAUGCCACCAAGCUGUUGAAUUUUUGCUGUAAUGCAGUUUAAAGAGAAGCAAACUUAGUUUAUGGAUUUUUCACAACAUUAAAUGUAACUAUAAAUGGAUAAAAAAAGACAAAACAAUUAGCUUGAUUAUUGUAACUCUGUUCCAUUAUACUGGUCCAGCGCUGAUUAUUUUACUAUAACAGCAUUCCCUGUCGUGUAUUAUUCUUUACACGGGAUCAGAUUUAAACUAAAAUAGAUCAAUUUUUUGACUCAGAUUCCUAAGUGGACAUAGAAUAGGUCAAUAUUUUGUGCCCAUUUGUGUCCAUUUUGUUACUUACAGUGGAGUUAAACUCCAGAAAAGACAAGUCAAAAAGUAUAUCACAAUAGAGUUUUUUUUUUCUUUUUUUUUUUUAUUAUGAUUACAAUCUACAUCAUUCAGUGACUAAGUGGACAGUUAAAUGCAUCAAGCAUCUUUGAC